AUGGCCCUCUGGCGAGAAUUCGGCCUGCAAUUGCGCCGUGCACUGCCCAAGGCCAGCACCGGCGACGUGUGUCUUGCCCGCCCGCGGAGGUUCUCAACUGCGCCGUGGAGAACCGGGGGGGUUGCAAAGUCGAGUCAGUGGAAUACUGGGGCAAGCACCGGCCUUCGGUCAGUAUCGCAGGGGUGGAAGGAGACACGGCGAUGCUUCUCCGUGACGGCGCAAGCUGCCCACGGCCACAUCACGCCGCCGAAGCCCGGCGAGGAGAUCAAUGUGACCUUCAUUGACAAGGACGGCACCGAGGUCAAAUUGCAGGUGGCCGAGGGGGAUAAUCUGUUGGACAUUGCGCAGGCCAAUGAUCUUGAGAUGGAGGGUGCCUGCGGUGGCUCUUGUGCCUGUUCCACGUGCCAUGUCAUUGUCGAAGACCCGGACAUUUUCGACAAGAUGGAGGAGCCCUCGGAUGACGAGAACGAUAUGUUGGAUCUUGCCUUUGGGCUUACGGAGACCUCGCGAUUGGGUUGCCAGGUGAUCAUGACCAAGGAUCUAGAUGGUCUGGUUGUACGCCUGCCCUCUAUGACCCGGAACCUCCAGGCGAGUGACUUUGAGUCCAAAUGA